AAGAAAGAAAGAGAAAGAAAGAAAGAAAAAGAAAGAAAGAGAAAGAAAGAAAGAAAGAAAAAACUGGGUUCCUUCAACAUGUCAUGCAUUUUCACAGCUCUGUGGUUCUGCUUCUGCCCUUCUCACCACUAGAAAUGCUCUUCUCCUUCUACCUACCUGGUUAAUUCAAUGCUUGUGCCUCAAAUUCAGUGUUAGCUCUUCCGUCUUCCCUCCUGCACACCACCCUUCCUACUAGGCAGCCACCUCUCUUUAAGCUUAACUCAGUUAUUGUGAUUCACACACUGAACUGUCAUUGUUUUUUGAGGUAUCUUUCCUUUGAUAGAGUGAAAGCUUUUAGGAAUCUGAUUCUCUAAGGGCUUGGCUCAUAGCAACCACCCAGUAAAUACUUGUUGAGUUGAAACUUCUACUCCUCAGCACAUUUGCCAAUUUCUAAUUUCUUACUAAUUUUAGUUAGGUUGCAGCAGUAUAAUAAAAAUCCCUAUGGAUUGAGUACUCAAAUAGUCCUAGAUGGUUACUGAGUCCCCCACCCCAUCUCAGGGGCAAUAGGAACAUUGAUAAUAAAUACUAACUAGCAGCAAGGGAAAAAAUCAUGGAGUCAUUUGGAAGCCAGAGGGACAUGUCUUAAUGUUUGCAUAUUCCAGAUUUAUUUUUUGAUGACCCAAAAUAGACCCUAGGUUUGUCCAGAAGUUCCUUGGACGUCAUCAGACUUCGGGGGAGGGGGGGUGCAUGCGGGGUUGGGAGUCAUGGAUCUAGUGUAUUUCUACUUACUGUGCAAACUACUUGGCACACAGCAGAGUCCAAUUUGGGAUCAAUCCUGGCUGGACCACUUACUGCCUGUGGGAACUUGUUACUUCUAUAAGCCUGUUUCUUUCAGAUAUAGAAGGAAGACAAUACUUAUUUGGAAAGGUUGUGUGAUGACUAAAUAAUAUAUGUGUAAAGUACCUAAUCAUGGUCUGGCACUUGGUAGGUGUUUAAUAGGUGGUAGUUACUAUAAUUUGCAAAUAAUGGGUAGGGUGAUGGUCUGAGUACUGUAUUACCAUCGUAUUAACUAUAUUACUAGAUCCAGACAUAUGCAGGAGAAAGUCAGCUUAGAAUUCAAAGAGCUGCUUUGCAUAGUCAUUUUUGUUUAAUGGAUGUCAAAUAAAUGCCUUGUGAUGUUUAUAAUGUGACCUAAUAAAGGCCUCUGAGGGGUUUUCCAGUUCUCACUGUUAGGAUUUUUUCUUAUAAUAGUCCCCUACUUUCCUACUUUGAUGUGUCCUCCUACUUCAGGAGAGCCCCUAGCCCUCCCCACAGGAACUCUGAACAGUAUCCUGCCUGAGGUGUUGUGGUAAAUUCUGCGCUCACUUUUCCUUUGCUCUCCCCUGCCUGCCUCCCUGGCUCCGAGGUCUUGUCCUCUGGGGAGAUAAUGUUAAGUGCUCUGCCAGGCUGCCUGUAUGCCUGGCCUGUUUUUUCUCACUGCCAGUACCUCUUGGAUUCCAAUUCCAAACAUGGUAUCCAUCUGGGGUCACCCUUUCUUCCGGUGCCAAGAGAGACGCAUUCCAAAUGGAACACAAGUGUGCCUCCCGUGCUGGGCUCUCCUCAUUCUGGUUGGGGACAACUGAGAGCAGGAUGUGGCCACUUUAUCCCUCACGGCUGAAGUUUUCAGGCCCAGAGUCCUAGCUUUGCCUCGGGACAAUUUAGGUUUUCUGCCGCGAGCCAGAUGUGAAGACAGUCCUAAGAAACCUGGAGGCAAGGAAGCUCGCCAGAGCUCUGCGGAGAGGGCCAGGGCCUUGCUGAAGGGCAGAGAGAGGGAAAACAAGCUUAAAAAUCCUCCAUGAAGUGUACUAUGCUCUGCCACUUGCUCCCAAAGCUACUGGAAGCAUUCCUCUCAGGAAAGGUGGAGUUGGUGGCAAGAAGCCGGACGUGAGAAGACUCCUGGGAGGACAGAUUAAUCCAUUUUUUUGCAUUUCCUAUGUGGGGACAGUCUUAGAGCCCGGCCAGGCUUUGAGACGCCCUGAAGAUGAAUGCUAACAGCAGCACCAUGAGCCAGCUUCUCUGGCAGGGCCCAGUGUGCGUUGGCUGGAAGCGGGAUCUGGAAGGGGCCGUCUACCAUCUGGCCAACUGCUUCUUGCUCCUGGGCUUCAUGGGGGGCAGCGGGGUGUACGGAUGCUUCUACCUCUUUGGCUUCCUGGGCACGGGCUACGUGUGCUGCGUGAUGUGGGGCUGGUUUGAUGCUUGCGGCCUGGACAUCAUCCUCUGGAGCGUCCUGCUGGCGGCGGCCUGCCUGCUGCAGCUGGGGUACCUGAUAGACCGCCUGCGCAGGAGCACCCUCCCCGAGGAGUUCGACGUCCUCUACAAGACUCUGUGUCUACCCCUGCAGGUGCCUCUGCAGGUGUACAAGGAGAUUGUUCGCUGCUGUGAGGAGCGGGUCCUGACUCUGACCACUGAGCAGACUUACGCUGUGGAAGGCGAGACACCCAUCAACCGCCUGUCCCUGCUACUCUCUGGCCGGGUUCGCGUGACCCAGGAUGGGCAGUUUCUGCACUACAUCUUCCCGUACCAGUUCAUGGACUCUCCCGAGUGGGAAUCGCUGCAGCCCUCAGAGGAGGGCGUGUUCCAGGUCACUCUGACUGCUGAGACCCCAUGUAGCUACAUUUCCUGGCCCCGGAAAAGUCUCCACCUUCUUUUGACCAAAGAGCGAUACAUUUCCCACCUCUUCUCGGCCCUGCUGGGCUAUGACAUCUCAGAGAAGCUCUACGCUCUCAACGACAAGCUCUUUGCCAAGUUUGGGCUGCGCUUCGACAUUCGUCUCCCCAGCCUCUACCACGUCCUGGGUCCCGCGGCCUCUGAUACAGGGCCAGAGUCGGAGAAGGAGGAUGAGGAAGCCCGUGAGCCAGCCAUGCCCACAUCCGCCCGACAAAUGCCCCCUUGCUCUGCUCUUGCGGCCGCCACCGGCCCUCCUGCCCCUCCUUCGCGGGCCAGGAUGUCCAGGCCCGACAGCGGCGUGCUGGAGACACAUGAUUUUCCCUCUCAUUUCCCCCAGUCUGGCUUUCCAGGGAAGCUGGCAACUGGCAGGGGCUCCUGAGAACAGAAGGGUCAGCAGAAAGGUGGAGAACCAGAGAAAACACACACGAGGAGCUCCUCGGCCCCUGCGUAACCAACAACUGGCCAGACCCUCACCUCUUUUCCUUUAUUGGCUCAGGGGGAGACAGGACAUCAUCACACUAUAUCCACUCUAUUCACACUCUAGUCAUUACGUGCAAUGUCUCUCUGCAGUGGCUGUUAAGGUGCUGUUGUAGCUGUCAGUUUUGUUAAACAGCACUUUUCUCACAGAAACCACUGGGAAGAAUCCUAGAACGGAACAUGUGCCUUUGACCAUGGCAUGGCAGGAGCUGCCCCGGGGCCUGGGGUUCUGGGUGUCUGAAGGUAGCACCGCUCUGCCUGCCAAGGCCCCAUGUUGGGUCAGCUCAGCAGAGGCAGUGGCACCCUCCCAGCCCUCUGGAUCACAGCAGCCUGCCACCUGUGCCCGCGCCGUUGUUCUCCUGCUUGUGUUGUGCAAGCCUCGUUCACCUACCCCUCUCUCUGUGAAAAUAAAAGGCAGGGGCCUUAUUAAACUAGUCAUUUAGUGAUACCGAUUUUUUGGAAACUCAUGCAGUAGUGCCAGACAGGAAUAGAGUUCCAUAGAUUCUUCAUGGGAAGCACUGGGAGUUGAUCUCUUGGUCUCUUCCCUGUAAAACAAGAGGUGGGGCUAAAAAACUUCAAAGCUGGUUCAUCCUAAUACUCUAGAAUGAAAUGAUUCAAAGAUACAACUGCCCGUACCAUGUCAGGCCUCAGGUACAGCUAAAACAUUGGGAAUUAGCAGAAGAAAAUAAAACGGAGAAGAACCCUGAGAAGUUAGGCAAGCCAGCUGGAGCCACAGUGCUGAAAUCCUUCCUCUUUUUCUUU